CUGCGGGAGUGAGCGUGAGGGCCUGUUCCCAGGAGUCCCAGAUCAUCCGGAUAUUCGGCACCAUGAUCAAUCAGAAGCUUCAGGACUUCGAGGAAGAGGUGAAGCCCAUCGGCAACGUGGUGACCGAGGCCACGCUGGACAUGUACAACACGGUGGUACAGCGCUUCCUGCCCACGCCCGCCAAGAUCCACUACCUCUUCAACCUGCGGGACAUCUCCAAGGUUUUCCAGGGCAUGCUUCGGGCCAACAAGGACUUUCACGACACCAAGUCCAGCAUCACACGGCUCUGGAUCCAUGAGUGUUUCAGAGUCUUCUCUGACCGGCUGGUGGAUGCUGCAGACCUGGAGGCCUUCGUGGGCAUCAUCAGCGACAAACUUGGCUCCUUCUUUGACCUCACGUUGCAUAAUCUUUGUCCCAACAAACGUCCUCCCGUCUUUGGGGACUUCAUGCGGGAGCCCAAGGUGUACGAGGACCUGACAGACCUGGCUGCGCUGAAGGCGGCCAUGGAGACGGCCCUCAGGGAGUACAACCUGUCCCCCGCCGUCGUCCCCAUGCAGCUGGUACUCUUCCGGGAGGCUAUCGAACACAUCACACGGAUCGUGCGGGUCAUCGGGCAGCCUCGGGGCAACAUGCUGUUGGUGGGCAUUGGGGGCAGCGGGCGCCAGAGUCUGGCCCGCUUGGCCUCUUGCAUCUGUGAGUACGCCACCUUCCAGAUCGAGGUCAGCAAACAUUACCGAAAGCAGGAGUUCCGAGAAGGUAGGCGUGAAAGAUCCCCUGGUGACCGGGGAGCGGAGAGGUGGAAGCCGGUAGCCAGCCGUGCCAG